GCAGCCAUGUUGGGAACAUUAGAAGGGAACCAACAGUACAACUAGAAGGACGGGAACACCUAGGUUCGGCAGCGGCGUGUCGUUUAACACCUAACACCACCACAAUGGCUGACCCGGAGAAGCAGCCCGAACAACCCAAGGCUGUACAGCAAAAGCAGAUCAUCGCUAACAAAGUGACCGGGACUGUGAAGUGGUUUAACGUAAAGAGUGGCUACGGGUUCAUCAACAGGAAUGACACCAAGGAGGAUGUAUUUGUCCAUCAAUCGGCCAUCGUAAAGAACAAUCCGAAAAAGGCUGUACGCAGCGUGGGGGACGGGGAAGUGGUCGAGUUCGACGUGGUGAUCGGGGAGAAGGGCAACGAGGCGGCGAACGUGACUGGGCCGGAAGGAGAGGCGGUCAAGGGCUCGCCCUACGCGGCCGACAAGCGACGAGGAUACCGUCAGUGGUUCUACCCUCGUCGAGGUGGCGCGAGGCCGCCGCGCAGGCCACGCGAGGGUCAGGAAGGCUACGAGUCGGGCGAGGGCGGGAAGCCCCAGGACGACGUUAGCGCCGGGGAAGGAGGAGGGCAGCAGCAGCAGCGCCGAUACAGGCCAAGACGUCGAUUCGACGGAUAUUACCGAGGGCCGCGUCGCUCCGGUCCCGGAGGCCACCAGCACCAGGGCGAGGGAGGCGAGGACGCCGGUGAGGGAGGCGAGCAGGGCGGCGAGGGACUCGCCGAAGGCAACGUGCCACGCGGUGGGGGAGGAGGACGAGGACGCGGUGGAGCUCCCCGACGAUUCUUCCGUCGCAAUUACCGCGGCGGCAGGGGAGGAGGUCCCCCCAGGCGUCCAAGGAGCCAGGACGGCCAGUCGGAGCAAAAGCCGGAUGCACCUAAGGAUGCACCUGCACCUGCCCCCGCUCCACAGGAAAGUCAACCAGUGCAGAACACCACCACCGAAAGCACUGCUUAAGAGAAAAGAUUGCCGCUGUAUCUUCCGAAGAACUUGCGUCAUUUUGAUCCGACGUGAUAGCGAUUUAAAAAAUAUUUAAUUCUAAAUCUUAACAACAACAACACCAACAACAGCUAUAACAAAAUGAAACUAAAAUAAUAAUAACAACAAACGGAAGUAAAUCGCGUGUUGAACGUGCAGCGGCAGUAAUCAUGCUAAACAUCAGAAGUAGCAGCAGCAGCGGCAACAGCAACAACAACCAACAACAACAUACUAUAACAAUUAUUGAAAAAAUACAAAAAAAAAAAAAAAAAAACAAUACAAAUACACAACAAAAAAAAAAAAAAAAAAGAAUGAAAGAAAAGAAAUCUCCCACCCCUCACGAGUUGAAAUAACAGUAACAGUAAACCAACAACACACUACGAAUUUAUAUCUACUGAAUAUAGGAACCAUUCUUUUACCGCGGUAUUACAGAUGGGGCCCAAGGCGCAAUUAAGUAAUUAUAAUAACCGUUUAGUUUUUCAUCACACAAAUAUUGUAUACGAAUAUCUUACCACAGCGGAGAUGUCGAACAUCAUCGUAAUAUUAAGAAGAAGGGAGAGGAAGAAGAAGAAGUAGAAAAAGAAGAAGAAGAAGAACUAUUAUUAUUAUUAAAUGCGUUGUAGGAAAAUUGUUUUGCUAAAUAUCAACUUAUUGCCAUUUGUAUUCUAUUUUACGUACCUUUUUCACAACUAACCGAAAGAAUUUUAAGUCAGGGCUCAACGCGAGGUUCGUAGAUCAACAAACUGUGUAACUUGGUCAAAACAUAUAAUAUUUCGUGCAGUUUCACCAUUCAGUGAUUUCAGGCGGUGGUUGAUACAUCUUGUGUAUAAGAAUUUCAAUUUGUCUUUUUUUCGUCACGAGAUCGAAUUAACGACAACAUUAAUGAAAACAAUUUUUCUUUUUUCCAACAAACAAAGUCUCUCGCGUCGCGUUUCACACAUGUUGUAUCUUUACGCGAAAAUUUAUGUACCAACUAUACUAUUACUGCUACUACUACUACCACUACUACUACCACUACCACUACUACUACUACUACUAUUGCUACCUAACUGCGGGUAGAAGCUAAUGAAUUGAAUUUUUUUAAUCAUGCAGCCUCGUAAGAGAAGAAUGAUUGGGAUGAAUUUCUUUUCUUCUCACUAAGAAAAUUAAUCGAGUACAAUUGUUAACUGCAUGAUGAAAAGAAAGAACGAGGAAGAAAUAACAAGUUAAUUUUUAGUCAAAUCGCGCGGUAAGACUUGAGAUGAUGACGAUAAUAAAAGAAAUAAUCAAAUAACGAUCUUAACAAUAUAGUUAUACCAUUUUUAAUUCAAAAAAUGAAUUAAACUUGAUUGAAAUAUUGGAGGAGGAUAAAAGAUUUUGCGGACAUGGUAUAUAUAUGUAUAUAUGUGUAUGUAUAUAUACGUAUAUAUCUGUCUGGUCAUGUAUGUGAUGAAAUUAUAAUUUUGGUUUUUUUUUUCAUGGUUAUUUUUCUAAGUUUUAUUCUGUUGCUUCGCAAGUUAUCACGGAAUUUUUUUUCUCCUGAUUUGUUUUUACGUUUUUUUUUUUUCGCGGACGCAUUGGACCAAGUUCUACGUGUGACUUAUAUGACUAAUGAAUUAGUUUGAUAAUAAUUGUAUUAGUUUUUUUUUUUCCACCCCUUCCUCUUUCUGUGAUCUGAACCACACAUCACAUUCAUACAUACACUAUGUGGCAUUAUAUCGCUGAUGAUGAUCGAUCGAUCGGUUACAAUUAGAAGAAGAAAUGAUAAGUUCAAAAAUUAUUAAUUUUAACACACUCACUAAACCUCCACACAUUUAAUCUAAAAUUAUUACGAAACGUGAAUGUGACGAUAAUUUGUAAAUUAAGUAAAUUUUUUCUUCCACUUGCGUCAAUAUGCGUAGUUUUCAACUUUGCGAUUGUUGCCUGAAAAGUAAACAAUUAAUGAAAACUGUUAAAUCAUGUUUUUACAACUCUUUACAGCAAUAAAAAAAAUCAAAUAAAAUCAAUAACGAUAAUGAUUACCCCUAGUGGGUUGUACUUGAAAAUGUGUAACAAUUUAUUACUAACUAGCAAAUGCAAAUGAAAUUUCUAAGUUUUUUUUUUUUUUUUUUUUUUUUCUUUUCCCCCUCAAUGUACAUAUAACAAUCACUGGCAUCGACGCAUGCAAGAAGUUUUCACGGAAAGACAGGAGUUUAAACGAUUAUUAUGUGAAAGAAGUAAGAAAGAAAAAUGGAAGAAUUUACAUCUUGUUUUUCCUCUGGAUCGAAUAUUUCAAUUACCUCCUAUACGUGAAUUUUUUUGUUCUUUUAUCAAUCUUUAUACCGAGAUUCUUUGUUUCAAAAUUUUUAUUUGUACAUUGCGAUAUGAAGUGAUGGAAAAAAAGUGGAAACAAGAUAAAACAAUAAAGUGUAUCAUUUCUAAUGAUAAUUGUAAGAUUGUGUGUAAUAUUAUUUUAUUUUUUCAAUUCUCAAGUUCUCGUACGAGUCACGUUCGUUGUUUCAUCCAAUCAACAAAAUCAUUUUAAGUAGGGGAAAGAAGUUAUUGGUUGGAAAAAUCUUUGACGAAUCAAGAGUCACCAGGGUAGUAUUUUAUCUUUGCCUCGUACUAUUUUUUCCUUAUAAAUCCAUUGUCGUAUUGUUUAAAGUUACCGCUUGCAAAGAUUCGAUCUCGUUCAAUCCGCAUUGUAGAAAAUUAUAUCGACGUACUUCAUGAUCCUGAACAUAUAUAUACACCUCGUUUAAAGCGUCAGUAUAUGCGAAUAUUGUUUGGAACACAUUGCUGUGUAAGAAUGAAAAAUAAGAGGAAAUACCCCCACGAAAGAUUUGUUAAAAAAAACAACAAAAAAAAAAAAAAAGGAUACGUUUUGUGUUAGUGUCGUCGUUUGUUAUAUACACAGCCCGUUGAGUCCUUGUGAUGUGCAUAAUAUCUUUGUUUGUGUGUUAAUAAUUAUUUGCGAGAAGAACAAGAAUAAUAAUAAGAAGAAGAAGAAGAAAGAGAAGAAUAAUAAUAAGGUGAUGAAAAAUGUGAAGAAAAAAAACAGAAAAUAAGAAAAAAAUAAUCAUAAAAAAAUUAAUAAUAAUAAUCGAAGUUAAUAUCUAGAGAGUGCUGGAAUUUAUGAAGAACCCGCGGUUACCAAAAAGCUUCGACAUUCUAAACUAGGAGCGCUUCUCGCGUAUUCGUUGAGUAUGAUCUUUUACCUAGUAAUUCGAUUUUCACUGAUUGAAAUUAUUAUUAAUGUUUGAAGGCACGAUUAAUUGUAGGCGCUGCUAGUAGGUCUGGUAAUGAAGCUUGCGAAAUAUGCAUGCAGGGCGAAAUACAAAGAGGAAGAGAGUAAAAGAGACCUCAGAGGGUAGCCGCGAAGUCAACCGAGCACCGUAGACGUAUGUAAGAUCAAAGCUUACUCGAAGAAAAAGAAAAAGAAAAAACAAAAAAAAAAAAAAAAUGAGACGAAAUUUUUUUUCUUGAUACAAUUGUAUUUAACUGACUAUACAAAAAAGAACAAUGCAUAUGUUAAAUGAAAUUGAAGCAGAAAAAAAUUGAACAACAAUUAUUAUAGAAGCCAAAAGAUGCAAAACAAACACAUACACACACAUAAACAUCGGGAUAAGGUAUAAUAAUGUUGAUAUUAUCCGCUGCCAUACCCAUCCUAUUCCUAACCUGGUGAAAAAUACAAGACAAAACAGGUGAACAAAAAAAAAAAAAAAACAUGCAAAACCAAACAACUUGAAAUCAAUCUCCCAAGUUGCUAACUACAUGUAAUGUACACGUUUACCGGUAGCGUUGUAUAUCUAUUACUAUAAGUACCGCGAUUACUGGUGGAAAUGUUAAUCAGCCCGCGGUGUUUGCAGUUUCGAGUUUUCUUUCGUUUUCUUUUUUUUUUUUUUCUCAGUGCUAUGAUAAUUUAUCGGAUCAGUGAAAAAGCAGUGAAUCUUGCUUGCGACACUGAUUAUACUAUGCCUGUAAAAUUGUUGACGAUAUUAUUCGUUCAUGUUUUCGGCAAGAAGACCAUGUCUUUUCCGGCAAGUACGGCUACAUUUUGAUUUCUUCAAUAUACCUAAUUUUUCAUCUCUGUAAGAAAUAUAUUAACGAAUCAAGCGUGGAAGAAGGAAAGUCAACAACUGUAUAAACACAAGGAAUUCGUAUUAAAGUCUAUUAACUUACAAAAAAGAGCAGGAAAAGUUUUUGAAAAUAAGCAAAAAAAGAAACAUUGAAUCGAUAAACAACUUCGUAAAUUGAGUAUAAUAUGUAUGCGAUAUAUAUAUAUUACACAAUGAUUGCAAUAAUACUGCAACGGUCAAUUAGUUAGAUUUGAGUUUGAUAACUGGAAACUUGAAACUAAUGAAACGUAAUUAAAAAACAAAAACAAAAAAAAAA